AUGAACUUUACUCCUGAAUUAAUAGCCAUUCAAGGUGUCAUGAUAUCAGCCGACAAUGUUAAUUCUUUUUCUAAACUUACGGCAAGAGGAGGCAAUGAAGAACAAAUUGAGGAAGUCGUACAAUGUAUAAGGAAUUUCUUAGUAAAAGAAAAAUAUGCAAAUGAUAAUUCAGUCUUGGAAGAUGCCAUAAAAACAGUCCGUAAAUUCGCAUUUUAUAUAGUUCUUAAUGCUGAUUUAUUAAUAUUAGAAACUAUGGUAGAAAACGAAGGCAUUGAUUUUCUUAUUUGGACAAUACCAACUGUACCAAAAUGCUUAAUGUGUGAAAUAAUGUGGAAACUUCAUAUGGAUUUAUUUGUAGGAGAAGUAAUCGCAUUCUGCUGCCCAAAACUGGGCUUAGAAGUAGCAGAAUCAUUCACUAACCAUAUGAAAUAUUUAUGUCCAAUGGAUAGUGUUAACAAAGUUAAGCUUAUUUCAGGAGCAUUGUAUAAACUAAUAUGUAGAUUAAACUUUUUCGAUAUUGAUGAAAACACUCUAAAUUCUGCUUUGAAUUGUUUUCAAAAAUGUUUGAAAUAUUUUAUUACUCCUCCAAAUGCUGGAAAACUUGAGAGUCUAAGACGAAACCAAUUAUAUAAAUAUAUAGGGGAGAGCCUAUACAAACUCCUCUUUUUGCUUAAUGAAUGCAUAGAAGAAUUUAGCGGCAUUCAUAAAUAUCAUUUAGGUGAUGAUAUAGGUAUUUAUACUUUAACAUAUGAUGAAGAAAAUGUGGUAAAUAAUAGCAAUUUUAAAACAAGAGAUUGUAAGAAAUCGGUAUUAGAUUGUCUACAUAAAUGUCACGAGGAGCUAUUGGACGUAUCUAAAGAACUUGUAAUGGCAGUUAGUGUUGAUAUUUUUUGUACAUGGAGUGAAUCGGAACUAAAUGGUAAGAGUAUGCAACAAACAAUUGGAGAAUUUUGUUACAAAUUGCGUGAAAAGCUUAUGAAUGUGGAGACUAUGGUUGAUCAUCCUGUGGUUGAAAUGUUACAGCAGAUUUCUUGCAAACCCAUAGAGGUAGAAGAUGUAAUUAAUACAACAAAUACCACAGAUAUAAGUGAAAACAUUAAAAAUAGUGAAGAUAAAUCUCUGUGGGUUAGGGCAUUAUUGAGUAAAAAUAAUUUAUUUCAGGAUUUAGUUUUGAUUGAAAACUUAACUUCAAAUUUAAAUUUAUUGCAAGAAAAUGAUUUUCAUAAACUGUACUAUAUGUGCAUUGAACACUUAAAUAAAUUAACAGAAAAUAAAGAAGCAGUUAAAUUGUUAGCAAUUAAAUCAUUCCAACAUUGUGGAUUAAGCACAAAACAUAAAAUUCUAGAAGACAGUUUCACAGAAAAUUAUUUUUCUGAUCAAAUGGAAACUACAGAUUUUAAUAAUAUGAUGAUAGAAAUAUUCAAUAAGCUUAUAGCUACACCGGAUGCAGAUUUGUCUGAUAUUUUAUGUGUAUUUAUUCAAAGUCCUAAAAAGGUUUACAAGAAAAUAUUUUGCUUAGCUACUGAAAAUGCACAACAAUGUAGUAUUAUGGGUAGGAUCAUGAAAUACUUGGAAAAAUAUUCAAAUUAUUAUUAUUAUCAAGAUACAGAAUCAUGCAUUAUAAAAACUAUGCAUUAUAUCAUUGGUAGUGAACUAGUCAGUGAAGCUAAGCAAAAUAAUUUUAUAAAUUUUGUAGCUUUUAUGAAAAAUAAUAAUAUUAUACCUGGAGCUAAGUUGCUUCUGUUAGUUAUAAUGCCAACUUUACAUGAUGCAUUAGUGAAUAGAAAGUUAAAUAGUAUUUAUAUUCAACUGAAAAUGUUGGAUGAGGUCUACACAUUAGAAGAAUUGUUGGAAUACAGAGCACCAAUGUUGAUGAUGAUAGCGCAAGUAUUGGAUGUGGUACGUUGGAAAAUAGAUACAUUUGAUAGUCUUGCACCAUGCUGUUUGGAAUUAUCUGUUAAAUUACAGACAUUGAUUAUGGAUACUUAUCAAAACAAUAUUCCUGAAAAUGAAAGUUCCUGGUUAAAAAGUAAACUGAAGAAAACUAAUCCACUCAACAUGUACUACUAUAGGAUGUUAUGGAAACCACCUGGGGACACAUACUUUGAAAUAUUGACUGGAAUACAUGUGCAUGAAGGAAUAGACAUUAAUGAUUUCACAUUUUAUGUGUCACAAGUAUUAUGCUCUACUGUUUUGAAUGAAUGGUACCAGUUGUGGGACAGUUUCUCAAUUUUUGAAAGCACAACUACACUAGACAUUUUCCAUGAUGCUUUACUUUUAAUAUCAGCCACAGAGAAGAACAACCGUACAGAUAAAACAUGGGCAUGCUUAUUAUAUGGCUACAGAAAUUUUAUUAAUAUAUUAAGGUACAAAUAUAUAUUGGAACCUAUAACAGACCACCAAGUGCCAAUAGUGAUUAAUAAAAUAGCAAAUAUAGUAAAUUUAUUGGAAGAAGGCCAAAUAGAAGAAUUUCAAUCAGUUGUUUUACCCCUGCUGGCUUACAUUGCUGAAAGAAGAAAUGAUUACACAGUUAAUGUACUAACAUGUGUAAGGGAUAAGAUAAAAAAUGAACUGUUUGCAGGAUUAAUAAAUAAACUUUUUACCAAUGAUACAGUGUAA